AUGGAGGCACAUGGAAAGGUCACGGAGCUGUUUACUCUGCACAACAAGCAAGCCAAUGCCCUCUUUUGGUCGCCGAGAGGCAAGCUCAUAGUUCUCGCUGGACUGAAAGCUUGCUUCGGUGGAAAGCUUGAGUUUUUCGACGUAGAGCGCAAGCAAACUAUUAGAGUGCAGCAACACUUGAAGGCUAACAAUGUUGUUUGGGAUCCGAGUGGAAGAUACGUUGCAACGGCUUUUACCAUACCACAGGAGGAGUUCGAUGAAAGUUACGGUCAAGUGGGUGACCCUCUUGAGAGGUUUCAUGUGUGGUCUUCCAGUGGUGAUUUUCUUUAUUAUCACCAGUGUGACUAUCCUUUAAUACAGAUGGAUUGGCGCCCCUACAGAGGAGGAAUCAUAGAUGAUGACUUAGUGCAGAAAAGGAAGAAGUUCCUUGUGGAGACUGCGGAAUCAUGGUUCUGA